UGGGCGUGAGUGCGCGUGGACUUACUGUGUAAAAUGCAUUUAAAAAUACUGUGCGGCAGUUUGUAACAAAUAUUUUUGAUUAAAAAUUAUGGUUUCUCGUAUUUAAAUAUAGUUUUGGUCUUGGAGAAUGCGGUGAAAGAUGACUUCAAGAGUUUUUAGUAUUAUUUGGAGAAAAAGCCCACUGGAAGAUGAGGAAGAAAAAGAAAAAGGCGAAGAUUCGCCCGAGAAGGGGCAGGUGAGGAGGGACACUUGCAUCGACAUUCCAAGAACUGAAAACUGCACAUUGUUAGAUAGACCACCGAUAGAUAAGAAAGUAAAAAGACACAGCAUUCAUGGCAUGAUGGAAGAAGAAACGGGCACGAGACCACACCAAGAGAUUGCGCAACUAACUUUGGACGAGAAAAAGUUCCUUUUAGCUGUGGAAAGAGGAGAUGUGGCUUCCACUAGAAGAAUGCUUCAAAGAGCUCGAGAUACCAGUUACAUCAACAUCAACUGCGUAGAUCCGCUGGGUAGGAGCGCUUUGCUUAUGGCCAUAGACAACGAAAACCUGGAAAUGGUCGAACUGCUUAUCGGAUACAAGGUAGAGACCAAAGACGCACUUCUUCACGCUAUAUCAGAAGAAUUUGUUGAGGCUGUUGAGGUUUUGCUAGACCACGAAAAGACUAUACACAAAAUAGGAGAACCUCAUAGUUGGGAAGCUUUGCCGCCAGAUACUGCCACUUUCACCCCAGAUAUAACCCCACUAAUAUUAUCUGCUCAUCGUGAUAAUUAUGAAAUUAUUAAAAUUCUACUAGACAGGGGUGCCACUCUUCCUAUGCCACACGACGUAAGAUGCGGCUGCGACGAGUGCGUCACAUCCAGGCAGGAGGACUCUCUCAGGCACUCCAGGUCCAGGAUAAACGCUUACCGGGCGCUGGCUUCGCCCUCCCUAAUCGCGCUGUCAUCCAAGGAUCCGAUAUUGACAGCUUUCGAACUGUCCUGGGAGCUAAGGAGAUUGAGUUUCAUGGAGCACGAAUUUCGAGGCGAGUACCAGGAAUUGCGAAAGCAGUGUCAGGAUUUUGCCACGGCACUUUUAGAUCAUACUCGUAGCUCGUACGAGCUGGAAGUACUGCUCAAUCACGAUCCCACGGGACCAGCCUUCGAGCAUGGUGACAGGAUGCACUUGAAUCGGCUGAAAUUAGCUAUAAAAUUGAGACAGAAGAAGUUUGUGGCACAUUCCAACGUUCAGCAGCUGUUGGCCUCGAUAUGGUACGAAGGUCUACCGGGAUUCCGUCGAAAAAAUAUGGUGCUACAAGCCUUAGAAAUCGUCAGGAUAGGGAUACUUUUUCCAUUUUUCUCCAUAGCUUAUAUCGUAGCGCCCCACUCGGUCAUAGGGCAGACGAUGCGAAAACCCUUCAUUAAAUUCAUCUGUCAUUCGGCUAGUUAUUUCACUUUCCUAUUCAUGUUGAUUUUGGCAUCUCAGCGCCAAUUGUUCCUCACCGAAGUCGAUGAAAAUCUGAAAGCUACCGAAACAAUGAAAAGGGGUGCGACGCCCUCGUUAGUAGAAUGGGUGAUUCUAGCAUACGUAAGUGGUCUAAUAUGGAGCGAAAUAAAACAGCUUUGGGACGUAGGGUUGGAGGAAUACGUAAGGGACAUGUGGAAUGUCAUAGACUUCAUCACUAAUUCUCUUUACGUAGCUACCGUGGCUCUAAGAGUAGUUUCCUACUAUGAGGCAAAAAUAAAUCCGAACAUAGAAAGAAAGGAUUGGGACGCAUGGGAUCCAAUGCUGAUAUCAGAGGGUUUAUUUUCAGCUGCAAAUAUAUUUAGCUCGCUAAAACUGGUUUAUAUCUUCUCGGUGAAUCCCCAUCUUGGACCACUGCAAGUAUCACUUUCGAGAAUGGUUAUGGAUAUUAUGAAAUUCUUCUUUUUAUACGUCUUAGUGUUAUUCGCCUUUUCAUGUGGUCUAAAUCAACUAUUGUGGUACUAUGCAAAUGCUGAAAAAAGCAGAUGUAAAGAUCCAGAUGACCCUUCAUCAGGCACAAAUCCUGGAGAUGGUGAUUCAAACGCAUGCACUAUUUGGAGAAGAUUUUCCAAUUUGUUUGAAACUGUUCAAACACUUUUUUGGGCUGUGUUUGGUCUGAUCGACUUGGACAGCUUUGAUUUGAACGAAAUCAAAAUAUUUACGAGGUUCUGGGGAAUGUUGAUGUUCGGAACAUAUUCUGUUAUCAACAUUGUAGUGCUACUCAAUCUACUGAUUGCCAUGAUGAAUCAUUCAUAUCAACUUAUUUCGGAACGAGCUGAUACAGAAUGGAAAUUUGCAAGGAGCAAAUUGUGGAUCAGCUAUUUCGAGGAAGGAGGUACAGCUCCUCCUCCUUUCAACAUCAUACCCACUCCAAAAAGCGUCUGGUAUAUUAUCCAGUGGGCCAGGAGAAAAUUCUUCGGCUCACGAGCAGCCAAAAAAGAACACAUGAGAACUAUCAGGCGAAAAGUGAAACAAGCCAAUGAAAGAGACUUUCGAUAUCAGAGCAUCAUGCGAAAUCUAGUUAGGCGCUACGUCACCGUCGAACAAAGAAAAGCCGAAAAUCAGGGCGUGACUGAGGAUGACGUCAACGAAAUCAAGCAGGAUAUAUCCGCUUUCCGCUUUGAGCUGAUUGAGAUUUUGAAAAAUUCCGGCAUGAACACCAGCACGGCGCACAGUAGUAUGGGUACCGGUGGAAAGAAAAAUAGACAAAAAGAACGCAGAUUGAUGAAAGGUUUCAACAUUGCUCCUCAACCAUCUACAACGGCUACAUCAUCUCCACCGGAAUCACUUGCUUCUUUACCAGGUCCUCAUCAUGAAAGUCAUCAUUAUGAGUUCUUUGGUUCUACGAUCUCGGGAAUUUUCAAUUCAACUCCCAGGAAACUGUUGCAGCAUAGCAGUACAGUGUCAUCCAGUCAGGGUAAUAUAAGCGAUGGCCAUGGACACCAUCACAGAGGCUUUGGAAGGCUACAUCUGAAGAGAAGCCAUUCGCACAAACGGCGCUGGGGCACGCUAAUUGAAGCUGCUAAAACUGCCAAAGUAUCCCGUUUGAUUGGAAGAUCUAGGUCCGAAGAUUCGGUUUGUAACAACUGCACGGAUAAUGGACAUAAUCAUAGUCACAGUAACAGUCCCGCCUCUGACGAGAAUGAAUCUAUGAGCCAAUCAGAUUCAAACCCUAGCAUCGAUGUAACGAUGAGCAGGGAUUCCGAACCAGCAGAACCCGAACUUCAUGGUUUGGCCCACGGAUUGGCGUUGCUAAAGAAGAAGAGGAAAAAGUUUUCUGCUUCCAGGAACACUAGUCCAGUGGUAGUACCACCAAGUUCUAUUAGCGAAACCAUUAGCAAAAAACUAAUACUAAGUAAAAAGUUUCCUCAAGUUUUGAAAAGGGCUUCCAGCGUACCGACUAGAGUACCAGAAAUAAAUCAACUGCCAGUGUCCAGGCAUGAAAAAGCUCAAUCUCAGCAGGAUUCUAUAGAAAUAGCACCGGCUAGUCGGCCUGCUUUGAUCUCUUCCACCACAGAAGAGAGCGUCACCCAUACACUCCGAGGCAGUGCCAACGCAAAUCCCAACGACUCCUUCAAAGAACCCUUGAUCUACACGUCAUCUUCCAGCAACCCAGCUACAGGAUCCACCCAAACUCCCGACGAAGAAUUCAAAACGACCGGUCAGCCAUCGCUGCCCAAACUGCCAGGCGUUAUUCCAUUGAUGAGCGGCCAGAACAAUGCUGGCUGGCUUUAGUUACUAGUUUAGGUUAAUUGACUGUAACUUUAAAAAUUGUAUACAAGGCUGGUUGUAUCGGUUUAAUAGUACACACACCGACACGAAAAACGGACACCUUAAAACUUUGGUGUAUUUUAAAGUUUAAUAUACAUGGUGCCGCCUCUCAUACGGCGCGGAAGCUGC